AUGUUCAAUUAUUUGUUUGGAGGAAACAACCAGCUGAAAAAAGAAGCCCCCAAAAAGGCGAUAGUUGGCCUUAGGGAGCAUAUAGCUCUUUUAAAUAAGAAGCAGCAGCACUUGCAAAACCAAAUGGAAGAGCAGGAUAAACUUGCUCGUGCCAGCAUCACAAAGAACAAAACAGCAGCCAAAACCGCUCUGAAGAAGAAAAAAACAUACGAGGUACAGCUAGUCAAGAUCUUGGCUCAAAUUGAUUCUUUGGAGACACAGCUUACUUCUAUAGAAAAUGCUAAUCUCAAUCUGGAAACCAUGAAGGCUAUGAAGCAAGGUGCUAAAGCCAUGAAACAAAUACAUGGUGAUUUUGAUGUUGAUAAGGUAGAUUCAACCAUGGAUGAAAUAAGAGAACAAGUAGAACUAGGCGAAGAAAUAAGCGAUGCUAUUUCUCGCCCUCUUGGCACUCAAGAAGUCGAUGAAGAUGAGCUAGAGGACGAAUUAGAAGAGCUUCAACAGGAAGAACUUAAUAGUAAACUUUUGGGAACUGGUAGCGAACCGAUCAAAGAUCCUAUUACACAUAAGAUGCCCGAUGUUAGUCGAUUACCACAAGUAUGGUCAAAGUCAGAAAACCAGGUCCUACAAGGCGAAGGUGAAAUUGAAGAUGAAGAUGAAGCUGCUCUACGAGCACUGCAGGAAGAAAUGGGAAUGGUAUGA